AUGUCUGUCGAUUCGAAUGGACUCAUUGACCCAGAAGAGGAUGACAUUGAUGUCUUCGAUAAUGCCACUUACAUCGGCAUGAAGGUCUCUUUCCCUGAUGGCUCAACAUGGAAACUACAAUCCAAGCUCCGACACAUCAGCCAUGAAGUGUGUCAGGCAGAAUGUGAAGGCUCGGGCGCUCGAUCCGAGGCUCGCGCGGUGUUUUUGUGCUGCAAGGUGUCUGGGACUGGGCCACCAGCCGCUAUGAUCAAGAUUCGUCUACAGAUUCCGUGGUACAAAACGGCGGGCGAACUGCCUGACGCUCGAGCGAAGCAGGCCAUCUCGGAGACUCCGAGCGUCUUCGACUCGGAGAUUGAAGCCCUGGCUACCCUGACGAGCAGAGGCUGCUCGAGUAUCCCUUCCCUGCUGUCCUGGAAGAAGGAAAGACAGUCAAUCAACGAGGGGGUCCCAGGAGGCUACAAGCUGAGUAUCCUGAUGCAGAGGGUGCCAGGCAUUGAUCUUGAUCCUGGACACCCCGUCUAUCUCGUGCAGAUGUCUCGUGAGGAGCGUGAACUCCUGAGAAAGGCUUUCAAGGCAGCCUGGCUAGAGACGGUUCGUUGUGGGAUCGUCAAUGUAACCCAUGUGGAUGAAUCCAUCGGUAACAUUCUUUGGGACAAAGAAGACCAAAAGUGUCAUCUAAUAGAUUGGGAGUGCUGGCGUUUAUCAGAUGGACGAACAACCUGGGAAGAUCGUCUCUGGGAUCGCUGGAAUGUGCUGCAGAUGAGAGGAUCAUGGAGUCAUUUUGAAGUGUCUCAGUGGCGGCUGUGA